GCUCAGGCCCCCAGGCCAUGAAGGUGCUGCUCCUCACGGGGCUGGGGGCCCUGUUCUCCGCCUACUUCUGGGACGACAACUUUGAGCCAGGGAGCCCGCGUGCUGCUGACCGGGGCUGCGGGCGGCGCUGGUGUUGGUGAGGAGCUGGCCUAUCACUACGCCCGCCUGGGCUCCCACCUGGUGCUCACUGCUCAGGCCGAGGCCCUCCUGCAGAAGGUGAGCCACCCCAUUUCCAGAUGGAUGGCUGGGGGCUCGUGAGGAGAAAGAAGAUCUAAGUUUGAACUUCUGUCAUGGGCUUCCUAUGUGACCUUGGGAAAGUCGCCUAACCUCUCUGAGCCAGUUUCCUUAUUUGCAAAAUGGAGACACAGACCUUCCCUUGGGUUCUGGUUGCGCUGAGCACAGUGAAGGAGUGGAAAGCAGGAAGUGCCCUUCAGGAAGGGGAGUACUGAGUGUUCCCCGUGCUGAUGGCCUGGGGCCCUCCUUAGCAACAGCUGUUAGUGCUUGGGGGAAUGCCCGAGAGAAGCCAGAAAUCAGAACACUUGUGUGGAGCCCCGGGGACGUGGGUGUUGGUGGUGGGGAACUGCCGGAAGCUGGGCGCCCCCAACGUCUUCUACAUCGCCGCGGACAUGGCCUCCCCCGAGGCGCCCGAGCGCGUGGUGCAGUUUGCGCUGGACAAGCUGGGGGGUCUGGACUACCUCGUGCUGAACCACCUCGGCGGCGUUCCGGCCGGCAUGCGGGCCCGCAGCGCCCAGGUCACGCGCUGGCUCGUGCAGGUGAACUUCCUGAGUUAUGUGCAACUGACUAAGUUGGCGCUGCCCAGCCUGACUGACAGCAAGGGCUCCCUGGUGGUGGUGUCCACGUUGCUCGGCCGUGUGCCCGUGUCCUUCUCCACCCCCUACUCAGCGGCCAAGUUCGCGUUGGACAGCUUCUUCGGCUCCCUGCGGAGGGAGCUGGAUGUUCAGGACGUGAAUGUGGCCAUCACCAUGUGCGUCCUGGGCCUCUGGGAUCCGGCCUCCACUGUGGAGGGAGUCAGGGGCGUCAUGAGAGCCAAGGCGUCCCCGGGACCCAAGGCGGCCCUGGCUGUGAUCCGAGGUGGUGCUACACGAGCCUCCUGUGUCUUCUACCCGUGGCGCUUGCACCUGCUCUGUCUGCUGCGAGGCUGGCUGCCGCACCCGAGGGCCUGGUUCAUUCGCCAGGACCUCAACAUCUCCGCAGUUGCAGCCUGAGUCCCGGGGGGCUCCUGUCUUCCCAGACGGGAGGUACCAUCCAGCUGUUCCUGGAGUCGGGACACUAACAAAGACACCUCCGAGAGGGUGGCCGGAGUCCAAGAUGGAGUCAUCAGGGCAAAAGCCAAACAGAAGAAUAUCUGCGGGCACCUGGAAACAAACUGUAGGUGUUCGGCACCCCUCAGUCUUGGAAGGCAGCAGCCCAGACGUGGGCUUCUUGGAGGUCACUGGUGACAUGAUCAUUGCUUCCAUUGUGCAAACAAGAAACAGUCUCCAGAAAAGUGAUGCUCCCUCCCCAGGUCGCCUGAGGUGGAUGCCCUGAGUCACCUCUGGGAGCCUCUAAGUCUCAGGUGAUUCUUUCCACUGAUUCCAACUGGGAGCAUUUCCCACCCCCAGUAGGGUCUCUGGUACUCUUGACGCCUGCUGUCCACCUGAUGGCCAGGUGGGAAGAAGAGGAGAAGAGCAUAUUCUGGGCUAGACUCAGCCUCCCGUUUCAUAAUAAAAGGUCUUCCCUUGCAUAUGUA